AAACCGCGCAGCUUCGCAGAGGUCCUUCCAUCUCCACAUCUGAGCUGGCAGCGCCACGUUCGGUUCAGAGAGUCUUGCGCAGGGCAGGGUGAGGGAACCCACAACUCCCUCUGCGGAUCCAGGUGGAGCUGGCGGGGAGCAGCCGCGCAGCCCCAGCAGGCGCGGUCCGGUGGGCAUCAUCCUCUGCGUACACACAGUGCGAUUUUGGGGGACCAAGUGGCCUCAGUCCUUGGCAGCCGGCAGCGCUGUGCGACCCGUUCGGUCCGGGUGCGUUCAACGUCACACAGGCGCUGCUCCGCUGGGGUCACCGGACGCCUUUUCUGCUUUCCGGGGAUCCACGGGAUGAGUGAGCGAGCCAAAGCCAUCUGCCGGCAGCACUCCUAUAAAUAGCGCGCGGGUGCCCUCUUGGCGCUGUCCCUCCAGGCUGCACAGCGCGCUGAGACACAAAGUUGUGCGCAGGGACGCGGGAACCCAGGGCAGUCGGCGCCCUGCACCUUAGAACUGCUUUUGGCGACGGGCACUCAGCUGCCGCCUACCUGCGUCGGAGUGACACCGGGCUUUGGGGGAAUUUUUGACCAAGCGCAAGUGGGAGUCGCUAGCAUUCUGGCCAUGGACCCAACCUGGCGUUCUUCUCGUCCCCGGAAACACCUCCUGCCUCUGUAAUUUGUUCCUGCGCCAACCAGAGUCCCUCGGACAGGACAGACACCCGCACCGCUCGGCACUAGACACCCUUGCUAGCGUUUACUCGCGGAGUCCCCUCUGUGUCUUCAGCUCUGUGCUUCACUAGGAGUGCUUGGGUUCGGGGUGAGAAUUUAUUUUGUUCUUUUGAGGUGUGACUGAGAGGGUCUGGAGACUUUUUACAUGUCAAGGGACAAGUGUGGGUGCAGUGGCCCCAGGCAAAACUGAUUUGGGGGUGGAGGAGUUAGGGUAGGAGUUCUGCAUGAGCUCCUUAAAGGACAAAGGUAACAGAGCCAACCAGCCAGCUCGAAAGGAGACUUCAGCCCUGAGAAUUGGUGGAAGUGCGCGCGCCGCUGCUGCCGCCGCCGCCGCCGCUGUUCCUGCAGCGCAGUCGAUCUAGCCACUGGCGUCUUCCCGAGCUCCCGGAUCCCGGGGUAGCAGGCGCCGCCCGGGAGCAGAAGCGCCAGGCUGCCGCUUGCGCACGCGGCUCACCAUGGGCUCCGCGCGCCGGGCGCUGUCCGUGGUACCAGCUGUUCUGCUGAUUCUAGUGCUGCCUGUCUGGGCACAGAAUGACACGGAACCGAUCGUUCUGGAAGGCAAGUGUCUGGUGGUGUGCGACUCGAACCCAGCUACAGACUCCAAGGGAUCAUCAUCUUCCCCUCUGGGGAUAUCGGUCCGGGCAGCAAACUCCAAGGUGGCCUUUUCGGCGGUUCGGAGCACCAACCACGAGCCAUCUGAGAUGAGCAACAAGACUCGCAUCAUUUACUUUGAUCAGAUCCUGGUUAACGUGGGUAAUUUUUUCACAUUGGAAUCUGUCUUUGUGGCACCGAGGAAAGGAAUCUAUAGUUUCAGUUUUCAUGUAAUUAAAGUCUACCAGAGCCAAACGAUCCAGGUUAACUUGAUGUUAAAUGGAAAACCAGUCAUCUCUGCAUUUGCUGGCGAUAAAGACGUGACCCGCGAAGCCGCCACUAAUGGGGUGCUCCUGUACCUGGACAAAGAAGAUAAGGUCUACCUAAAACUGGAGAAAGGUAACUUGCUCGGCGGCUGGCAGUAUUCCACGUUUUCUGGCUUUCUGGUGUUUCCUCUAUAGAAUCUGACUUCUCCGUGAUUCCCAAGAGUGAGGGCGCCCACCCCCGGGUUAUCAGAAGAGCACUCCUGGAUUGAUGUCUCUUACUGUUCUGUUCAUGGGUGGCUACGGAUUCUCUUGGAGAAUUCUAGAUCUGUCUGGACAGACACAAAGUUUCACAGAUCAUUUUCGUGUGUGUGUGCCAGUUUCCUUCCAUGUGGAUCGGGACUCUAAAGCUGAAAAUCCCUGACCUGCUUACAUGUUAACUGUCAGAAGCCGUCUCAAGGUUUGUUCUGUUUAGUUUCCCCGCUGUUACAGCAUUGGCUGCAGAUGUGGGGUUUUUAUUUCUUUGUUUUUGAAAGAUAGGCUAAUGGGUCUGAAAGUUAGAAAACUUGGAAGUUCUGACUUCAGUGGUUAUAGUGGAACUGCCAAAGACGUGUGUACACGUGUGGAUACAUUGAUUAUUAAUUAUACUUUUUAAACAAAUUAUAAUUACUUUGGAAUUUGUUUGUUUUGUUCUCUUAAGGUAACUGGGAUUGUAUUUUAGUGACUGGCAUUGUGUUCUCUCUACCCAUAAGGUAAAAAAUGUCUUGCCUCAAAAUGUUCCUUAACUCUGAACUCACCCUCAUGACCUCCCUCCUGCCUCUAAAAUGAAUGCUCCAUAGUUGUAUUUUAAUUAUAUAUGUGAAAGAGUCAUAUUUUCCAAAUUAUAUUUUCUAAUAGGAAAAACAGAUCAUAAUCUGACAAAGAAGAAGUUAUUUACCCCAACUCUAAUGCUCAGUCCCAAACCUUGGCAAAGUACCUCUCCUUGGUGGUGAAUCGAAUACUCUACUGCUCAACUUUAAUUAAUGUGAUUGAUAGUAACUACUUUAUUAAACCCAUAAGGAAUUAUUUUCUCCUUCGCCAUGACCACUUUAUUAACUGGAGAUAGUAUGCCCUUCUUUUUAAUUGUAUCUAUUUUUCAAAUCUCCUGUUGUGUUUGAAAUAUCAUCUGGUUUUGCCUUAAUUCCUUAACUUGUAUAUAUUUAUCUGUUCAGCUAAUAUUAAAUCCAGAUAAUCCAUAACUAAAUUUAGUGCAAUAUCUUAUUUUGUCUUUUGUAUAGGUCAUAUGAAUUCAUAAAAUUAUUUAUGUCUCUGUUACAGAAUAAAGAUUAUUAUAUGUUAGUGA